AGUAGUAUAAUGACUAAUGAGCAUCUCGAUAUCAGUGGAGUCCUGUUUUUUCCAUCCGAGUCCGGAGAUGCUGUACAUGUAACUGUCCAAUGCAGCGCGCGAAUUCCCAAACUCAACAAAUGCUACGAGUUUUACAGAACUGCAAAACUGUGAAACGCCUUAAACAAACUCACCUUCGAAUCAUCGUUACUGGUCGCCAAGGCUGCAACUUUAUCGUCCCAAAACUCAUGAACAUCUCUUUAGACCUCAUUUCUCUCAACUACGCUGUCAAUGUAUUUCGCAGUUCCAACAAUCUCAAUCUCAUUACUUACAAUACCUUAAUCAAAUGCUUCAUUGGUAAGUCCCAUGAAGAUGCAUUGACCAUAUACAGUCAAAUGUUGAGUAAUUAUAUAUGUCCAAAUACUUUCACCUUUACUUUUUUGUUUAAAUGUUUUGAUUCGUUGGAGAGUUUAAAUUGUGGUAGAUUGGUACAUUGUCAUGUAAUUAAGAUGGGUUUUGAUUCUAGUUUGUUUGUGAUGAAUACUGUGUUGGGUUUUUAUAGAAAGUGUUGUGGGGAUGUGGGGGUGUGUUCUAAGGUGUUUGGUCAAAUGCCUAAGAGUGAUGUUGUGUCGUGGAAUACGAUGAUUGGAGCUUAUAUGGAUCGUGGGGAGCUUGAGUUGGCCGUGGGGUUGUUUGAAGUUAUGCCCGAGAGGAAUAUUGUGACUUGGAAUUCGGUUCUUACAGGGACAUUGAAGGCGGGGAAUAUGAGGGUGGCGAGGUUGGUUUUUGAUAAAAUGCCAGAGAGGAAUGAGGUCUCUUGGAAUGCUAUGGUUUCGGGGUAUGUUAAACUUGGUCAUAUGGAAGCUGCGGAGGGUCUGUUUAGGAUGAUGCCUGUGAAAAGUGUGGUUUCAUGUACCGCAAUCAUAACCGGAUAUACGGCAGUAGGUAAUUUGGAAGCAGCAAGGAAAAUGUUUGAUCGGAUGGAAGAGAAAAAUGAGGUGUCGUGGAAUGCUAUGAUUGCGGGGUAUGUUAAUAAUAAAAUGUUUGAUCAAGCUCUUCUGUUAUUCCAAAAUAUGUUGGUUGAUGGCAAAUGCAAGCCUAAUCAGGUUACCUUGACUAGUGUACUAUCUGCUUGCACUCACUUGGGUUCUCUUGAACAUGGAAAAUGGAUCGAUUGUUACAUAAAGAAUAACAAGAUUGAAUUGUCAAAUCCAUUAGGUAAUGCUUUAAUAGACAUGUUUGCGAAAUGUGGAGAUCUGGGAAAUGCAAGAGUAGUGUUCCAUAAGAUGCGUCAAAGAUGUAUAAUUACAUGGACUACGAUGAUUACCGGUCUAGGUGUUAAUGGAGAAUGCAGAGAAGCCCUGGAACUGUAUUAUUUGAUGUGUUUGGAAGGACCAAAACCAGAUGAAGUCGUCUUCAUUGCUGUUCUGACAGCUUGUACUCAUGGUGGGUUGGUAGAAGAGGGAAAAAGAGUAUUUGAUCAAAUGAUAAAUGUCUAUAAUGUAACACCCCAGAUUGAGCAUUAUGGCUGUGUGGUUGAUCUUAUCAGUCGGGCAGGAAAGCUAGAGGAGGCUGUUAAGUUUGUAGACAACAUGCAGUUGGAGCCUAAUGCUGUUAUAUGGGCCACACUGCUUAGCGCUUGUAAGAUUCAUCGUAAUGGGGAGAUGUUUGAGUAUGUGAAGAGCAAAAUAUUAUUAGAGGAGCCUUUAAAUCCUGGUUAUUUGACACUCAUAACAAACAUGAGUUCAUCAGUGGAACGCUGGCAGGAUGCUUUGGAUGUUCGGAUGUCAAUGAGACAGCAAGGAAUCGAAAAGGUACCAGGAUGUAGCUUAAUCCAAAUAGGUCAGUGUGCACACGAGUUUCUUGCUAAAGAUACCAAGCAUGGACACAGGAAAGAAAUUUAUCAGACUUUGGAUAAUUUGACUGCACACAUAAUGGCUAACAGAGACAUUCUCUACAAGUGUAGUAUGGAUUGGUUCACAGAUAAUUUCUUGUGCCAGCAAACGACACCCAUAGUUAGUUUCACAAGUAGUACUCUGUAUCUGAAGGUUUUUGCAAGGAACAAUAGUAGCAUUAAAUGGAUUGCAGAACUCCAGCAUUCUGAUUUAGCUUCCUUCAUUUUCAGGAAAACAGGAGCAUUUAGCGUCUGAACAUGAUGGACUUGCCUUUUUCAAAGAUAAUCUAAUAAUGCAGUAAGAAAUGCAGAGGAAAAGGUAAAUAUGUGUGGUAUUUGUAUAGUUCAUGUUAAAAAUUUACAGUCAUCGUUUUACUCUAUUAUUUGUUUGUCUAACAAAAUAAUAUUUAUAUACUCAAGCGAUCACUGUGAAAGUGUUCCCUAUAUAUUGCAUAUUUAGCUGAUCUAUUGUUUGGUACACAGCGAAUGAAUGCCCACACAAGAGCAUCAUCUUCAUGCUAGACGUUUUGCCUUGUUUCUUUUUUCAAAAUCAUCUCCCCUAAAUUUCCCUCUUCCUAAAUCACCCAGCCAAUAUUUUUACUUUCUUAAAUAUGUAGAAAAUACAAGUUAAUGGUAUAUACUUUUGCAAAUUAUGACAGAUGAUAUCUGAAAUUUAUAAUUUGCCGUUAUUAGCCUUUAAAUUUAAUCUGCGGCAUCUUGAGUAUAUGAAGAUAGAUCAUGUUAAAUAUGUGUUGUUAAUAUGAAUUAGUUUCCUUGAUCCGAUAAAUACUGAAAGUUUAAAAUCUGCAUUCCAUAGAAAUACAAGCGAACGGCAUGUUUAGCAAUCUUGAUUGUAUUGAUAAUAUUAUUGCUAUUGACUGAUUGCUGGUAGCAGUGAAUCAGACUUGUUCCAUCUGCACCUCAUUUGGUUGAUACAAACGUUCAUACCCUCCAAGAUGGUCAGACAUGGCAGGCUUAUCGAUCAUUUCAUUAUGAUACGACUUGCACACAAAGUAGAUGAUCGUUUGAAGAACCAAGCCAUAGAGAAAUACUGGCACAAGUAGUACAAGGCAUGAGAUUCCAACAAGAACCCUCUUCCACAUCUCCCAGAGAUCUCCAUACACUACAUAAACAUAGAACACAAAUUGUAUUACCCCAACAACAACAAUCAACUCCACAAAGAUGGCCAGAGCAACCCAAAUCUUUCCUUUGAUCAACUUCCUGCUCUUCUUCACCGCCUUGAGUCCGCUGGAAUCUUCUAAAACGGUGAUGACACUAGCCAGCUGCCACAAAAUGGUAAGAUAGACGAAACCAAUUAUGUAUAUGAUCAAGAAGGUGAAAAAAAGGACUACAGAGGCAGUUCCACCGAACGCUAAACAGAUACCCAAGGUUAAAACUGCGACCACAAGGUAGAUGAAAGUCAAUCCGUAAGUGACAAGGAAUGUGAUGAUCAGGCGCUUCCAAACUUGUGGCACCACACAUAUGACUUUGUAGAAUGAAAUGUCGCGAUGAGCGUAGAUGCAAGCAAUGGAGUAAACAACAGCAGAUG